AUGGUGGCGGCUGAUACGGGUGGAAGAUCGGCUCGCGAGCGGAUGAUCUUAACCGUCAAUGAGAUCAUCUCACAUUUGAUUGAUGCUCACAAAAAUAACAAGGAUGUUGAUCUUAACCGACUGAAAUGCUUGGUAUCGCAAAAACAUGGACUAAGUUGCCAACCAAAGUUGGUCGACAUUAUUGCUGGAGUUCCCUCCGAUUACAAGGAAGUACUUUUGCCAAAGCUAAAAGCGAAGCCGGUUAGGACAGCAUCAGGAAUUGCGGUGGUUGCAGUGAUGAGUAAACCACAUCGUUGCCCCCAUAUCAAUUUUACAGGAAAUAUUUGUGUCUACUGUCCUGGAGGUCCGGAUUCCGACUUCGAAUACAGCACGCAAAGUUAUACUGGAUAUGAGCCUACGAGUAUGAGAGCUAUUCGAGCACGAUAUAAUCCUUAUUUACAAACGCGUGGAAGAAUGACCCAACUGUCUGCAUUGGGACAUUCUGUUGAUAAAGUUGAGUUCAUUGUGAUGGGUGGAACUUUUAUGUCUCUUCCUGAUGAUUAUAGAGAUUACUUUAUCCGCAAUCUUCACGAUGCGCUAAGUGGACACACGAGCAGCAAUGUUUCUGAGGCCGUUGCUUACAGUGAAAGAAGCAAAACUAAAUGUAUUGGCAUUACAAUAGAAACAAGACCCGAUUAUUGCUUGCCAAGACACUUAAAUGAUAUGCUUGCCUAUGGAUGCACACGACUUGAGAUUGGUGUUCAAUCUACUUACGAGGAUGUGGCAAGAGAUACGAAUCGAGGACAUACGGUGCGAUCUGUAUGUGAAACAUUUCACAUGGCUAAAGAUACGGGCUAUAAAGUGGUAAUCCAUAUGAUGCCGGAUCUUCCAAAUGUUGGACUAGAAAGGGAUAUCGAACAAUUUGUGGAAUUAUUUGAGAAUCCGAAUUUCCGACCGGAUGGACUGAAGCUUUACCCAACACUUGUGAUUCGUGGCACGGGACUUUAUGAACUGUGGAGAAGUGGACGGUAUAAGAGUUACCCGCCAUCCGUUCUUGUUGAUCUGAUUGCACGAAUUUUAGCGCUUAUUCCACCAUGGACACGAGUAUAUCGAGUUCAGAGAGAUAUUCCAAUGCCACUUGUUUCGAGUGGAGUUGAACAUGGGAAUUUGCGUGAACAUGCGCUUGCCCGAAUGAAACAAAUGGGAACAAAAUGUCGUGAUGUAAGAACACGUGAAGUUGGAAUUCAGGAAAUUCAUAACAAAAUACGUCCGUAUAAUGUCGAGUUGAUACGAAGAGACUAUGUGGCCAAUGAGGGUUGGGAGACUUUCUUGUCGUAUGAAGAUCCUGAUCAAGAUAUUUUGAUUGGUCUUUUACGUUUGCGCAAAGUGACAAAUAGAGCUCAUCGAGAGGAAUUGAAGGGAAACGUCUCUGUUGUUCGCGAGUUACAUGUGUACGGGAGUGUGGUGUCUGUUUCAGACAGAGAUCCACGCAAAUUCCAGCAUCAGGGAUUCGGUCAACUCCUAAUGGAAGAAGCUGAAAGAAUAGCGCUGGAGGAGCACGGUUCGGAGAAGGUUGUCGUGAUUUCUGGUGUGGGUACAAGGGAUUACUACAGAAAACUUGGAUAUGAAUUAGAAGGACCUUAUAUGAGCAAAAAUAUCGCA